AUGACAGAGAAAGCGCUAGCGGAGCGCCCUAAGCCGCGCAUGAAGCGAUGGGCUCCCAAGGGACGAAGCGGGUGUUUGACUUGCAGAGCGCGAAAAAUCAAGUGCGACGAGACAAAGCCGCACUGCAAUCGCUGCAAAAAGGGGAAUUUCGUCUGCAAAGGGUACCAGUCGCAAGAGCAGUGGCCGGCAAAGCAGCAGGAGAUGUUUAUCGAAGCAAAAAUAAUGUGUGCGUCGCCGAUCUUACAUCCGCAUUUUAACUCGUCGGUUCACGUGCAGGAUAUAUUUUAUCUGGCGCCUCGAAUACCUACGGCCGUCUCGCGGAUGUUUGAGCGCGAUACGCAGAGCCUCAUCAAGUUUCAGGUCGGCCGCAAGACGUAUCUCCAGUCGUUCUUGGGAUACUUGCCGCAAACAUCGGGGUACGAUGAGAUUCUAGAUAGUGCAGUACAUUGCGUUGCAGAAGCGUACCGAGAAAUCUACGGUGCGUUGACGAGCGGCAACGAGGUCCCCAAUCGACAAAACUCGCUGGCGCUGUACACGCGAGCGAUCCGAUUUCUACAAAAGGGGUUGGAGGAUCCGGUGCGGUCGAAAUCGGCCGAGGUCCUUUGUGCGACAGAAUUAUUAACAUAUUACGAGUGCCUCGGAAGCAACGGAACGCAGGCAUCGAUACAGCAUGUCAACGGCACUAUUCAACUAAUAAAGCACCGCGGGCCGGAAAACUUUACCAGUGAUUUUGAAAAGGCGUUGAUUGCACCUCAAGUCCCCUAUCUCGUCACGCUCUCACUCUUCAACAAUACCCCCAUAUUCCUCAACACAGAUGCAUGGCUGGAAACAUGUAAAUCGUUUAUUAUACCGAGCGACCGCAGCGGCGAUCGAAGUGAAAUGGGCGUGCUACAUAGUGUAGCCUCAGUCAUUGUCCUUGCAGCAAUGGCUGACGCGACGCAGCUACUCAAAGAGCAACUCGAUAUACCGCCGUCCGAAUUUGAGCAACGACAACAACACCUGUUGAAUGAGCUCGACAAGGGCUACGAAGCGUUUAUCGAGAUGGAGCACUGGCUUCGGAUGCACCCAGCUCGACACGUUGAAAUUGUGACGGUGCUCACCAAAGAAUGCUCCUUUUGUAACGACUACGAAUAUUGCAGACGAUGGCUCGACUUGGUGAUUAACUCGUGGCUGGCGUUUGCGUUGAUAUCGCGGGUCCGCGUCGCGCUCAAUAGCGAACAUAAACAGCGCAACGAAGUCGAGGCUCAGAGACGGGCAGCCCAGGCACUGGCGGCGCAUCAGUCGCGGAAACAGACCACAGCAUGGCGACUGCAGGGUUUUAUUGUCGAACCCGUGUGUAAAUCCAUACUAGAUACCAAGACGGAGUGGGUAGCGCAGGCUGAGUCGGAGGGUGUGGCUAGCAUCGAGGUGCAUGCGGGGUGGAUUGGCCGGUUUGGCUUGAAAAUGUAG